UGCUGGAGAGGAGAGCACCACUCUGGCUGGCGCUCAUCCACUCGUCGCAGCUACUGCCUGUGUUUCGCGGAGGACGCACGCACGCACGGUCACUGCUCGAGACAGAGACCCACUGCAGCCAUUAAGGACAGUCUCCCCCCCUCUUGUCUCACAGACACCCAGAGCUGCUGCGUUUUCACGCCACACACUCACUGGGCUUUUUACGCGUCGUUGGAUGGUUCGGCUUCCACCUGCACCGUAUCAGACCCACGCUCCUGUGAGGCUGCAGCAUCGCUCCAUAUCCCUGUGAACUGGACCUCACUUCAUCCAAAAGGUGCAGCAGGAUGCGUGGCGAACUGCCUGUGUGUGGACUGCAGCCCCUGCUGGCCUUCCUUCUGCUUCAAACCACAGUCUGCGGCAUAACCAGUGCCGACACUGUGGUGAAUAUGCGCAGAGUGACCCAUCAGACCAUAAGCGAGGAACUAUCCAAAACUGUUCUCCUCCCCUGUCUCUUCACCUUGCGCCCCAGUGCUGGUUCAUCUCAUGAACCUCCCAGGAUCAAGUGGACCAAAGUCUGGGGCCAAAGAGGUUCUGACGGCUUGCAGAAGGAACAGUCAGUCCUGGUGGCCAAAGAUAACGUGGUCAAGGUGAAGAAGGCCUUCCAAGGUCGUGUCACGUUGCCUGGUUACAGUGUCAACCGCUUCAAUGCCAGUCUUGCUCUGACCGGGCUACGUUCCAGUGACUCUGGUUUGUACCGCUGUGAAGUUGUGGUGGGCAUCAAUGAUGAGCAGGACACGGUUCCCCUGGAGGUGACAGGUGUGGUUUUUCACUACCGGGCCCCUCAUGACCGUUAUGCAUUGUCCUUCACUGACGCCAAGAGAGUGUGUGCGGAGAAUUCAGCAGACAUUGCAACACCGGGCCACCUGCAGGCUACUUUCGCUGAUGGCUUUGACAACUGUGAUGCUGGCUGGUUGUCUGACCAGACUGUCCGGUAUCCCAUCCAGUCGCCUCGACCUGGUUGCUAUGGCGAUCGCGAAGACUCACCUGGAGUCCGUAACUACGGCAGCAGGUCCCCCGAAGAGCUGUUUGAUGUGUACUGCUUUGCAAAGGAACUUCAAGGUGAGGUCUUUCACUCCACAAUGCCAGAGAAGCUGAGCCUGGCCACAGCCUCCACCCACUGCCACUCCCUGGGUGCCCAGCUGGCUACCGUCGGGCAGCUCUAUCUUGCCUGGCAGGCUGGUCUAGACCAGUGUGAUCCUGGCUGGCUUGCAGACGGCAGCGUCCGGUACCCCAUCAAUGUCCCGCGGAAGAACUGCGGUGGAGACGAGCCAGGCGUGAGGACCGUCUACAACAACCCAAACCGAACCGGCUUCCCUGACACCACAGCCCAAUUUGAUGCCUACUGCUACCAAGCUCAUCAACCAGCAGGGAUGCAGGCUGCUGAACCUCAGGCCUUACACCAAACUGCCGUCACAGCAGCACAGGAUGUGUCCUUAGGCACCGGAGCCAUACGCAGUGCCCCUGAUCUCAAAACCUCUACCUGGACUGGCCUGGUUGACUUGGACAAAGCAGGAGUGAACUCCAUUACUGGACUCAACAACUCCUCAGAGAUCUCUGAGGAGCACAUAGUCGUCCACUUAAGGCCUGAUGGGGGUUGGAAGGAAGGAAAGAAUGGCUUGAGAAGCAACCAACUCAGCACAGAGACAGAUGUACAAGAGAGCACCAACACCUUUGGCCUUUCUGCCCUUGAGAGCAUGGAGAGUCAUGGAGGUUCUGCUCAUGAGGAAGAAGAUGGUGGCUUUUUUGGUUCUGACAGCCCAAGUUUAUCAUCCACAGCUUCUUCCACUCCACAGCCUCAAGCCACUAACAGUUUAUUCACUGAGUUUGUGAACACUCUGAUGAAACCCUUUCGGUACUGGACUGGUGGUGGGGGGGAUAAAGAGUUAGAGAAGAGAAUUUCAUGGCCUGACGAUAAAUUUAGGGAGAACCAGACGCAGAGCGAGGCUUCCAGGAAAAACCUGAGUUUACCUAAAGCCAGCAGAGACAAGGGCAACAUGGACAAUGCCAUCAUGGAGCAAAACAGUGAGAGUUUUCCCUUCAGGGCUCCAACCAGUGAACUGCAGAGUCCAGUGGACGGUCUGUCUGAGCAGGAGAAGGAGGUGACACCACUGUUUCAGUUAGAGCCUGCAGGUGGAAACACGGGGACAGGAGAACAGGCCUCCAGCACAUCUACUGAUGCCACUCUGUCCACUGUUAAUGAAUUCACCGCAUCAACUCUUGACGAGAAACCUCCACCCAGUGACACUCAGGUUCCCAAAGGAAGCUCCCACAGUGCUCCUGCCCCCAGCAGCCACUUUCAGUGGGCCAUCACGUCCAUGCACGGCUCUAAAGUGGGACCUUCUGGAAAUGUGGUCCAUGUGGGUAAACGUCCGUCCUGGGAGCGCAUGGAAGCCAAAGCAGGGCCUCUCGAGGUGAUGACCCUCCCCAAGUCCCUCCUGCAGGAAAACUCUGAAAAUUACUCAGGCGAAGGAAAGGAUCAGGAUGAAGAAGGCACCGCCUCUCCAACAGAUGCUAGGAUUGUGGCAGGGGAGGAGGCGGAGAUAGAGGGGAGUGGAGAGGGGACCCACUUUCCUCGUGGAAUAGGAGUGAAAGUCAACAGCUUGGACAGCAGUGGUGUCAAACUCAGUCCUGAAAACGAGUCUCCACCCAGCCUGAGUGAGCUUGUAACUGUGGCUGAGCAAACCACUUUGUCUCAGUGGCAGCUAGUUAAACAGCCAGCCUCCUCACACCCAGGCUCCCAGGAGCAGGACGCAGCUGAAGAGGCUGUGGGUGAGAUCUAUGUCAGAUCAACUAAGACCCUCUUCACUGCCUCUUCACACAGAGGGGAGGUCAGUUCAAAUUCAGGAUUUACUCCUCCUUUCAGGAAGCACAGCAAAGGCACAAGCAGAGAGGAGUUGGGGACAUCCACGCCCGAAGCCUUGAUGGAGGUGCUGACACCCUCUUAUGUAACCACACCAGAGCUUCUGCUGACCAGCAACACACCAAGGACAGAAAUGACAGCAGAAAACUCCUCUCACAGCUCCCCCACAGAGGAGCCAUCUAUCUCUAUUUCAUGGCUUCAGGAAGAGAAGGAGCAAAUAACAAAUGCACCCGACCUGCAGCAGGGUCAGGCUACUCUAGCACCUACUGUGGGAUCUCACUCGACUACAGGGCUCAUCCAGUUGACUACUGACUCUAAAGACAGCACCACACAAAUGGAAUCCAGGUCUGCAGUGUCUGAGUCUGUCAAAGUUGGAAGCCGGUGGACACCAUUCAAAGGUGUGGACCAAAAAUCCAAGGAGACGACGGACAACAAAGACACAAACAACCCUUUUGGGUUCUUUGCACCCAACUGGGCCCUUGGUCUCCUCCCAUCAGUGGAGAGUAACCCGUGCCAGAACAACCCCUGUCUCCAUGGAGGGAGCUGCCUGCAGGAAGGUGACGGCUAUAGCUGCUACUGUCCUCAGGGCUUCUCUGGGGAGAGCUGCGAGAUCGACAUUGAUGACUGCCAGUCUAAUCCGUGCCAGAAUGGAGGAACCUGCAUCGAUGAGAUCAACUCCUUUGUGUGUCUUUGUCUGCCCAGCUAUGGAGGAGCUACAUGUGAGAAAGACACUGAGGGCUGCGAGCACACAUGGAGGAAGUUUCACGGCCACUGCUACAGGUACUUCAGCCGCAGACACACCUGGGAGGACGCUGAGAAGGACUGCAGGGAGCACAAUGGCCACCUGGCCAGCAUCCACAGCCUGGCUGAGCAGAGGUUUGUCAGAGGUCUGAGUCAUGACAACACCUGGAUCGGUUUAAACGAUCGAACAGUGGAGGAUGACUUUCAGUGGACUGAUAAGACCGACCUGCAAUAUGAGAACUGGCGUGAAAACCAGCCAGACAACUUCUUUGCAGGAGGGGAGGACUGCGUGGUUAUGAUAUCCCACGAGAACGGCAAAUGGAACGACGUGCCCUGCAACUACAACCUGCCCUACGUCUGCAAGAAGGGAACAGUGCUUUGUGGAGCCCCUCCCCCUGUGGAUAAUGCCUUUCUGAUUGGCCGGAAGCGUUCCCAUUAUGACAUCCACUCUGUGGUUCGCUACCAGUGUGCUGACGGCUUCCUGCAACGUCAUGUGCCCACAGCCAAGUGUCGCGCCAAUGGCAAGUGGGACCGACCCAAAAUCAUCUGCAUAAAAUCCCGGCGAGCCCACCGUUCCCGGCGCCACCACCACAAGGGAAGGAGGGAGCGCAGGAAGCACAAGAGACACGGCCACAGGGAGGGAGGCCACCACGGAGGAGAGCCAGGUCACGGCCACAACCACGUCCACUUCUGAACCAAAAAAAAUAAAUGUCCUCUGUCCUUUUGUCCUCUGCUGCCAACUGCAAUCUGCCUGUCUCCCUGUCCCCCGCUCAACCCUCAAACACUACUUCAUGACCUCACAGCUCAAAACUCUCUACCCAAACCCCCCCCCCCACCCCCGUCCUCUGUCCCUGCACUGUCCUACGUUUAGCUCCAACCUUGACUGUCUGAGUCAGCCUGUACCAUAGUCAAGUCUGAGGCCUGUCCAAGUCCAGCCUUCACUGGGACAGAAACAACUCCCUUUAUACUCUUUUUACUUUCUUCUCUCAUUUUUACUUUCUUGUCUUGACCUGUCUGUCGCGCACACACCACCUCUUAUUUGACCCACUUUCUCUGCUUUUCAAGAUCAACAAUGACCUGAAAUGUGGAGCUACCUGUUUUUGAGGAGAAAUCAAAAUCCACAGCGAACAGUCUUCAGAGAGAAGUGGUUUAGUACAAACUGUAAAUAGGGACAACAUCACUGAAAUCAUAUCAAAUUCAAAAAUAUCAGAUUGUUGAUUUUGAGCCUUUUGUCUGUUGGAUAUGUUAUUUUUUACAAAUGGUGUUUAUUUCUGGACUCUGCUGCUUAUGUUUUUUGCUCUUUGUGAGACAUUCUACUUCUAAACCAUGAAGUUUUAAAAUAGAUUGAACUGAUUUCAAUUGAAUCAGAGGCAGUUGUAAUUGAAUUAUUUGAUUGUUAUUGUUGUAUUUUACUGUCAGUGUAACACAGUUUUUUUAGAUCAGAUGCUAAAACCCCAGAGGAAAAUGGAAAACACCAUCAACAUCACAUCUAAAGUCCAUUUCAUCACAUUACAUUGCAAAUCAGUCACUUUUCAGAAUUGUAGAACAGUCUCAAGCAUUUCAGACGACUGUUGUCCAUGGUUAAUCAGAACAUUAGAUUUGAGUUUGUCUCAGCGCAGCAUUUCCACAUUUACUUUGCCUUUCUCAUCAUUUAUGAUGCUAUUGUUCCAUUUAUACAUCGGUUUCUCCUUUAUGUUGGAGUUUUGCUACUUUAAUCUGAUAAGAAUGUGAGAGAUAUAGAGAGAUUUUCCUUAUACAGUGGCAAGUCCACAUGUAGAGUCUGGGUAUCAUUCAUUUGAUUCUGUUUGCCCCUUAAACAAGUUAGUUUCUGCAGACAGGUUAAGAAACCCUGUUUUUUAGCCUACAACAAUCAAAUAUGAUCAACUUGUUGAAACUUUCUUUUAGCUUAGUUUUGGUCUCCACCAACCUGUUGCUACAGCUGCGAAUCAUGAUAGUAAAAGUAUAACGUGGUCCAAAAAACAAACCAUGAAUCAGAAAAAGUUUCAGUAUCUGUGUUUAUAUGGGCACCUAUAAUCUGAAUAAUGAAUUUAUUUAUUCUUAUUCUUUUACAUUAGUUGCUAAAUGAGCUUUUUUUCAUUCCUACUUGUUGCAUGGCAUAGUUUGAUAGUUAUUCACAUCUACUGCCAUGGACAUUUCUAUUGGACAGGGUUUCUCAGUCUUGGUCCUGGUCCCUUCUCCAACACACCUGAUUCAAAUGAAUGGGUCGUUGUUCGUUAUCAGGCUUUUGCAGAGCUUGCAAACUGGUUGACCAUUUGAAUCAGGGGAAACAUCUUAAACACGCAGGGCAGUGGAUCCCCAGAAACACUGCAGUAUUCUGUAUUAGUUUCUAUCCUGAGUAUGGCUUUAUCUGGGUUAUAGUAAUAGAUUUAAUCUGUCUUAAUCUGUCCUAUGUCAGCUGUUAUUUGCACCAGCAGCUCCGUGCCGCUCAUGUGGAGGAUAAAGCUGUAGACUAUGGAUGGAUGGAUAUUGCUGUCCAGGUAAACAAAGUCACUGGGUUGGGUGUGACUGCACAGUUGGGUGCUAAAUCUUUCUGUGCUGUCGCCGCACAACUAGCAGAGACUAAUGCUGUUCACUGCUUUUAUUAUGAAUCGCAGGUGUUGUGCACACAGGGUACGAUGAUAAAUAUGAGUCAGAAGAAAUGGAGAUGGUGAUAUAUCUCUCAUCUCAGUAUGUCUCUGCGAGUCUGUGUGUGUGUUUAUGAAUGAGGGUGUAAUAGUGAAUGGGGUCUCGCAGGAUGAUCGUAGAGAGGGGGGGCAAGGAUUAAGGUUUCCCCAUUUCUGGGUCAGGCCAAGUCUGGCAUUACUCUCAGCGCUUCACACCUGUGCUUGCUUCCGCUGUGUGUCCUGCUUUAAAAACAUGAUAGACACAAGCAGAACAAGCACUUUGCUCUGCUUUUUCCUUCCACUUUACUGCCAGGUUAAAUUGCUUUUUUUUUUAAAGCCAGCACUUGAGUUGGGAGCUUCUGGGAUUAUAUGCCAAACAUUGGCUCAGCCACUUUUAUUCUUUAUGAUUCUCCAGCUUGUUCUGCUUCUUCCUUUCACCACCUCUUUUAAUGCUUUUUCUUUAUCUUCCUCACUCAAUUUUCUUUUUACUGUCACUGUCUUUUUACAACAGAAACACAGUGAAAGAUAAGUUCAGCUGAAUUAACUUUAACAAGCUCUUUACUGCUAAAAGAAUAUGCUGAGUGUUUUAUAAAGCCACACGAGGAGCAAAAAAUCAAUCCUAGCCCCAUUAAUUCUCUGCCUUUGUUUGUCUCCUCUCACCUUGUCAGUGACAGGACUCCUGUGCAUGGAGAGGAAUAGUGAUCCCAACACCUCUGUAUCAGUUUAAUUAAUCUACCGCAUGCCUAAUGAACAAGUUACCUUAUCUUCAGAACCACAGAGUUGGGAUGACAAGGGAACAGUUAGGUUGACGGACACUCAGAGGAGUGUGUAGUGUGAUGGACAGGAGGCCCGGAGAGCUGUCACAGCCGUCAAACCCCCGGCGCUUCAUCAGGCUGCUCUGGGCUUCUUUUUUGGGGUGGGUGGAUUGGAUUGACCACAGGUGGAUGUAUGAAAGGGCAGACAGAAGCGCCUCUUGAUGCCCCAAGACAGUGUAAUUACAGUUGUGUAGAAGCUCAGCUCUAUCACAAACUUUCUAAAAAAAAAUGAUGUUAGAGGGAAGUAAAAUCAGGCAAGAAAAGAGAUAAACUGAGAAAAAACAAACAACUUUUUUAAAUGAAUGAUUCAUUUGCGCUUCUAUAGCUUGUCUUAUGUUCAUGUUUUCUUACCCCUGUAGAUACAUUUAGUGUCUAUCAUUGACGUACUACACCCCUGUGUGAAUCAUUCAUUCUUUAACAGACACCUUUAGUGUCCCUGGUGGUCCCGGGUGGUAUUGUUUUGUGGUCACUUUGAAGAGAUAUCUGAAGUGGGGUUUUUUGCUGUGAUUUUGUUCCUCCAUCAACAAGAUAUGUUUCCUUUUACGAGUUGUUUUUGUCAAUUUGCCUGUUCCACUAUCUGUCACUUCCAUCACUGGGGAUACAUACUGACAGAAGGAUAACACUUCUGGUUUUAUAUAAAAUAAAAAACAUCCUGGCCAACAGAAUAACAUAGUGAAAUCAAGGCUUAUAGGGGACCAAUAAAAAUAUGUAUGAUGUUUUUUAUCUUUCACUCUUACUCUGCAUCAAUCAUUUUCAGCAUCCUAAUGACAAGUUCAUGCCAAAAAAUGUCCAUUUCCACUUUAAUGAGUUUGUUUCCAUGUCAUUUUGUUUAUUUAACAAAGAUAAAUACACAUUUCAUGAACAGAUCUGUUUAGUUUGUAUUGCCUCCAGGGCUAUAUUUGUAUUUUGUGCUUAUUUAUGACAAAAUGCAUCUCUCACUUCAACUAUUAUAUGCAUGAGAACCUUUACAUUUCAAUUGAAAUCCUCUUGUUGGUUCACCAGUUGAAGCUCUGAUAGUUAUGAGUCUUGAUUUCACUUAUGUCAUUUUCACACCUAAUAGUCCGCUGGAACUUGGUAAGACUGGGGAUUCGGUUCAGUUUGGGCUUGUAACAUUCAGCCGGUCUGAGUUUGCUUUCUCACUUUCGCACUUUAGUGAAACAAACCGAAUCUGCCUCGACCGGUUGGGGUGAAAGGACAAAUGGGGGGGCAGAGGAGAGUUGGGGGACAGAAAGGGGGGAGAGACAGGACAAGAGGGAGGUGAGGUAGAGACAGAAGCAGAUAUACAACAAUUAUAUCAAGUCAUAAGUUUAGACAGGACAGUUCUGAAUUAGUGAUGACAUGUUUAUAGAACUACAAUGUCAUUUAUAUAAGCAGCAGCAGCAGAGAUUGUUGAUAAAGAAUUAAACUGAUAUCAACUUUAAUUAUAGCAUAAUAAUAUGAUAUUAAUGAUAAUGAUCAUAAUAAUAAUAAUAGCCUCAAAACUGGAUCUGGAUCCUGCAGCCUGUAAGAUAAGGACAGAGAGAGAGUGAACAGGAAAGAAAGACACAAACUAGGGAGAGAAAGAACAAGGUUAAUGACAUGUAAUAAAGUCAUAUUCAUACCCAUUAGUGUGAGAGAGUGAGUGUGAGUGAGUGCAACACAGGAAUUCCUCCAGCAGUCUAGGUGCACAUUCACGUCUCCCCAAACGAACCAGACUGUGAGCAAACGAACUAGGGUUCGAUUAAGAAGGUCUGCUGUGAAUGCACCUUUAAUCUGAGCGUCACAACUGAGGUGAGAGCAGCAGGCAGCAGACCUCUUCACUCUUCUGAUCUUUCUUGUAACCCAGCCAGAGAUUCUUUUCACUCACAGUUUCAAUUUUGAGUUUAGCCGAGACGAGAUUAGAGCACGGCCACAUCUCUGUGUUUGAGUCGCUCAGGUGGGAGCACAACUUGGUUUAAUUUGUUGUACAGUAUUUAUUGUCAGGGAGUGUGUGUCUGGUUGAAUCAGUGUGGCAGAACUGGCGUGAACCAGUCAGAGGGAAUUGAGUUUGGAUCUUGCCUGUGCCUCAGCUCACAAAAAACAGUGUGAAUGAGAGAAAGAGAGAGAAUGGACUAAAACGAUAGAACUCACAUGUGUCCAAGCAUGAAUUUAAAUAUAACAAAGGCAAUGAAACAAAUUCCUUUGUUAGAAUAUCGACUUUACAAAUUAGGCAAUUAAUGCUUGUUGUUGUUGUGCAUGUCCAGGGUUGUGUUGAAGUCGAGGGUAAAGGGAAUCUAUCAGCUGAAAUUAAAUUAUAAUAAUGUUAUUUUGGUGUAUAAUCAGCAGGAGCUAAAGAGCGGAUCACAUCGACGCAUUGUUAGAAAGAUGUCGAUAGCAAAGCCCUCGUUUUCAGUUUUCAUGGGCCCCAUGAUCUUCUCUUGUGGAGUCACAGCAGCUGUCAAUGUCGCACUUAAAAUGCAAAGUCAAGAUCUGCUGUGUCUGUCAGAUCAAACUCUCACAACUGUCCUUUGUUACCCCAUGAAAUCCUUAUAUCUUCAUGAAGAGGGAGUCCUCUUUAAUGGACUCUGCCAUGUUUAUUUUACGAUAGCUCAGAGUGAACAAAGAGAUCACUGACUUGAGAGAGCGACUUUCACACGUUUACAAGAUACAUUCACCCAUACAUUUGUGAAAGGGUGCAACAUGGAACUCUACUGCAAAAAGUCACUGAGUCCUACAAACUGAACCUUUAAAUAUUGAAGAGAUGGCGACAGGUGUGGUAUGAAACUCAAACCCUGAGGUUCGACUUUCGUUUUGUGUUUGAAACAGCUGCG